AAGAGCAAAUAAAAAAAAAAAAUAAAAAAAAAUUUAUGAAAACAUUCAUAAUGAAUAAUGUACGAAUUGAUGAUGAUAUUUAUGAUGGGUAUAAUGAUUAUCCAUCCAUAUAUAGUAUUAAAGAUUUUGAACAAGAUGAGUUAUUUCAAGAAACACUGCAUACAAGCUAUGCGAAAAGAUUAAUUUUUCAUAGAAGUAGUACUGGUAUAUCAAUUCGUCCUACUACUAGUGGACUAAGACCAAUGACUGCAGUCAGAGGAGCUGGUUACACUAGCAGCAACCGUCAACCAUUUGAUCCGUUAAAUAUGAGUAGCACUACUAAAGGUUCUGCAUCAUCUUUAGAAAGUGGAAAGGAAGACACACCUGAAGAAAAAAUAAAAGUGGCUGAAAGGAAAAUUAUGGACCUAAUAGAAAGUUCAGUACAAGCAGCAUAUGAAAACAAUGCAAGAGUUGCUUUAGAGAGAGCUAGAGAAGCUUCUUCAAAAGAAAGAGCUGUUAUUAGAUUACAAGAGCAAGCUGGCCUUAGUGACAAUCAUAAUGUAGAUUUAACAUUUGCUGUCAUCUUUAAUUUGGCAAUCCAGUAUACUAACAAUAAUAUGUUUACUGAAGCCAUUGCAACUUAUCAGGCUAUAACGAGGAAUAGAAUGUUCAGUAAUAGUGCUAGAUUAAAAGUGAACAUGGGAAAUAUAUAUGUCAAAAUGGGACAAUUGUCUCAAGCAAUUAAAAUGUAUAGAAUGGCAUUUGAUCAAGCUCCAGCAGCUCAUAAAGAUUUAAGAAUAAAAAUAAUGCAUAACAUUGGAAUGUUAUUCGUACAAAUGGGUCGUUUGGAAGAAGCAGCUAAUAGUUUUGAAUGGGUCAUGAAAGAAAGAGCUGAAUUUAAAGCAGGCUUGCAUGCUGUUUUAUGCCAUUUUGCAUUAUCUCAUAGGGAUAAAAUGAAAAGAUCAUUUUUAGAGUUAUUAGAGGUUCAGCUUAACAUAGAUCAGGAGGACAGAUAUAAUAUAAGUACAGAUGAUGUUGCUUCUAACAUACUGAACGAGAUUUUAAAAAACGAUGACUUAUCUAAGUUAGAGAAAGAAUUAAAAUCGGAAGCGGAGAGAACUAUUCUUUGUGCUGCAAAACUCAUUGCACCUGUAAUUGAGGAUACACUUACAGCUGGUUUUGCUUGGUGUGUGGAUACUAUAAAGUCCUCAGCUUACGGACCGUUAGCUGCUGAUUUGGAAAUAAGUAAAGCUAUGGUAUUUUUACAUAAUUGGGAAACUCAAUUGGCUAUUGAUACUUUGAAAAUGUUUGAGAAUCGCGAAAGUAAAGCUAAUAGUUCCGCUGCAACUAUGCUUUCAUUUAUAUAUUUUCUUCAAGGGGAUUAUGAUCAAGCCGAAAGAUGCGGAGAAAUUGCUCGAAGUGCGGAUAGUUAUAAUGCAGCAGCUUAUGUUAAUUUAUCAGCCUGCGCAAUUAGGAAGGGUGAAUUAAAUAUUGCUAAGGAAUUUCUCUUAUGUGCAUUAGAUACGGAUGCUAGUCACGUGCAAGCUCUUUAUAAUUUGGGACAUAUUAGUAUUAACUAUUUUAUGAAAUCUCAUCUAAUAGGAUUAAUAUAUAAAAAACAAAGUAUGUAUGAAGAAGCAUUGGAAUGUUUUUGGAAACUUCGUAACAUUGUUAGAUAUGAUCCACAAACAGUAUAUCAAAUUGGUCAGUUAUAUCAACUUAUGAACGACGCAGACCAAGCAAUAGAAUGGUAUUAUGAUUUUAUGUACAAUCAAUUACUUGGUAUAAUACCAUGCGAUCCUGGAGUUUUGCAAAAAUUAGGUGAAAUCUAUGAUGCUGCUGGAGAUAAACAACAAGCAUAUCAAUUUUAUAGUGAUUAUGUAUCUCUACAGUCUUAUAGAUUUUUCCCCGCCAAUUUCGAGGUAAUUGAUUGGCUCGGAUCAUAUUUCGUAUCAAUGCAACUUGCUGAAAAAGCGUUAGUUUAUUUUAAAAAAGCAGUAGAACUUGCUCCUGAUGAACCAAGAUGGCGAUUACUUGUCGCUGCAUGUUUAAGACGAAUUGGUCAAUUUCAUAAGGCUGUUUUGGAAUAUCAAGAUAUUCAUAACAGAUUUCCUGAUAAUAUUGAGUGCUUGAAAUUCUUGGUGCGGUUAUGUAGUGAUCUAGGAUUAAAAGAGACACAAUUAUAUGCAACAGAAUUAAAACGCGCAGAGAAAGCAAAAGAAUUGAAGGACAGACAAGGAUCAGCAAGACCAGGUUCAAGGAGGAGUAACAGUGGGACAUCAUCACGGACUGGUUCUGGAAUCAGCGUAUUAUCAGAUCACAGAUCAAGUCCCACAUUCAAUAGAAGAGAAAAUCAAGGUUUAAGUAGUGCUGGUACCACGCGACCUAAUCGAAUUUCUACAACUGAAAAUAUUACGGAAGUGACAAAUGAUGUUACUGAUCAAACAGGCACUCCUUAUGUUGAUCCCAUUGGCCCAUUACCUAUUCGUCCUAUGACGUCUGCCGGAAAGAGAGACGAUGAUUUCGGCGAUGAAGAACUCGGGGAUGAUCUGUUACCGGAAUAGUAUGAAUUUAUUAUAUUCAUCAGUUUUAUAUUUUAUCUUAUGGUUUUUAUCAACAUAAUGCUAGUUGAAAGUACAAAGAAAAAUAUAAUAAAUGAGAGUAGAGAUUUAUAUAUCUUUUUUAUCUUAUGUUAAUUAUGCUUCACUACGUCAGUCGUUUAACGAUCACAUUAAAAAUCUUGCGCUCAUUUUUAUCUACUUCAUUAUUUAUAUUAAUAUCAUAAAGUUCAAUAUUUCUUUACACAUCAAAGUCAAGUAUGAACACACGUCCGGAAUCUUGACAUCUCCAUUGUGCUUUUAUUAAUUAUCAUUUCGAAGUGCAAGUUGCUUGUCUAUAGAAUGGUGCUAUACAUUAUGAAACCACGAGGGUCAGGCAAUUGUAACGAUCUAAAUUUAAACACGCUGACCAAUUUAAUCAAACUCCAUUCAGCCGAUGUAGUUUAGGAGACGGAUGUUAUUUUAUUGCAGCUAUAUUCAAACUUCAUUCAACUGACAUAAUGCGAACCUGUAAUGCUGUAAGAGUAUUGGGAACGUGUCGUUUUAAAUUUCCCUAUCUCUUUAUCUUUAUUAUAUUUAUUACAAAUAAACUUUUAUUGUACAGUAAUUAUUUACAUAUAUUUUAUGUAGCCUCGACUUCUUUCAUCCUUUACUGAUUGUGAGUUUGAGCCUAUCACGGAACUACCGAAGAAAAUGAAGACUCGUGGAAAACGUAUGUGA